AGAUAAGCUAUAGAUGAUAUUUCGUCAACACCAUCGAAACUUUUACAAGUAGAAUUAAAAAAUAAUGACGUAGAAACAAUAACAACUAGCGAUGUGGCACUAAUUAAAAGAAAUAUUCGUUAUGCACGUACAUCUGUUCACCCAAAACUACCGAAUAGCCUUUCCGAACUACACGAUUCUUUAUGUGUGUACGAAAUAAAAACCAAUAAACUGGAAAAAUUUUUAUUGGUGAAUGACAAACCAAAUGGCAUAGUUGGUUUUUCAACGAUAUCAAAUUUAGAGGUAUUAUGCAAAGUACAACAUAUUUAUAUUGAUGGUACAUUUAAAUCGUGUCCAAAAUUUUUUAUGCAAGUUUUUACAAUUCAUGGACUCCAUAAUGAUAAUUAUGUGCUUCUUAUAUAUUUUUUACUACAAAACAAACACACUGAAACGUAUGUGCAAUUAUUUAAACAUGUAUUACAUCAUUGUGAUACAAAUGGUUUCCUGUUUUCUCCUACAUAUGUCCACAUCGAUUUUGAAUCCGCAAUACAUUCUGCUGUAAGACAUGUAUUACCUACAGCUCAAAUUAAGGGAUGUCGUUUUCAUCUAGGGCAAAGUUGGUGGAGAAUAAUACAGUAUCUUGGUUUGACAAAAGUUUUUAAAGAUUAUAAUUCUGAAAAAGGGCAAUUUUUAAAGUAUUUAUUUGGGUUGCCUUUCUUACAUUCAGAUGAGGUAGAAGAAUGCUUUCAAAAUGAUUUGCAAUCCAUUUUACUUAUUGAAGACGAACAAAUUAAUAAAUUCAUAGAUUACAUAUUUAAAACUUACAUUACAAAAGAUGCUAGUUUUCCACCAUAUCUCUGGGCUGAAUUUACACCAACAACAAAUCGGACAACCAACAGUUGUGAGGCAUUCCACUCUAAAUUAAAUAAUCUAUUUAUCUCUAGUCAUCCAAAUAUUUACAAUUUUAUUGAUGGACGCAAUUCACCUAGUUUUAUGGAAAUGGGACGCAAUUCACCUAACGCCCAAAAUUCACCAUCAACUGUUCGUAAAUGUUGGAAUUAUGUUGGGCCACGCACAUUAACUAAUAGCAGUCGUAAAUAUAAAUAUUCAUCGUUGCUUGGACGAAUAGAAUAA